AUGACCGGCUACUUGAGCUCAACAGGACCUUCUAGGCGAGGUUUGUUGUCAUGUCUAUUGUGCUUGCAGUUAUGCGCCGUGGUCAUGGCAGCCACGGUUGGAGAUGCCAAGAGAGGGACAUCAUUUGCCAUUAUUGGCACCAACGACAGCCUCAGCACUUUCGAUGACUUUAUGGACUCCGCUGAGAGUAUGCAGAGUACACCUGAAGUGACUCCUGCACCAACGGACAUGUUUGAGGAUGAAGAUGUUGAGGUUGAGGAUGUUGAGGUUGAGGAUGUUGAGGUUGAGGUUGCCACUGAGAUGGAAGCAACCGAACAGGUGGAGGAGAUGGAGGAGGAGGAGAAUGUGCCGUACAACUUUACUCAUGUCAUUUUGAUUGGUGGGCGUUGCGCGCCUAAUGACACUGACUGGCCGUCCAAAUUUGUGGCUCCUGCAUUCAAUACUCUACCCUUAACCAAGCAGAUUUGUUCGAAAGGUGGUGUGGAUAGCGCUACAACACGAGAGUUCCACUUGGAUGGACUCCGUCAAGUAGAGGAGAUAGCAGGCGAUGAGCUCAACUCAACCAUAGUUAUUACUAUUGGUCAAGGAUUGGAAAAGGAUUGGACGCCCGUGGCAAACUUGUUGCGUCGCGGCAUGGCCUUCUUCCAUGGGGGCUUCACUGGCGACCUCGUUGCCAACGGCAUGACUAUGUACAUGAAUUUGACAGAGUACAAUCUCACGUCCGAACAAGUUCUCUACUUUUACUUCCGCCUGGAGGAAGAGGCUUCGGCACGCAAGGCAGGAGCCGAAAUAUGCCGUCUCAAGCAAGGCAACAAAGAGCUGAGAGUUGGAAAGAUCUACCGAGCGACCCGCACCGAUCUCACCUUCCGAGUCGACUCGGCGAUCAAGGGAUUUGAAGAAGCGUGCCCCAACACAAAACUUAUAAGUGAGUGGGAGCUCGACUUUGACUGGCCAGAAAAGAUCUUCCGAAGUACCUUGAUGGUCAAGUCCGUCCCCGAAAUCGUGUUUUCCAUUAACGACGAAUCGCUUGAGAAGCUCUUCACAGUUGCCAAAAACCACCUAGCUCCUGACCAAUAUGACCGAUUGUCUGGCUCAGGCUGGGAUGCCACUCAUCCGCAUCUCAUGCAAGAGCAAAAGCUUUUGGCCACUGUAGACCAAAUGGUCUUUCACGAACGUCGUGGUCUGUGGGGACUAAUGGAUGUCCUCAUGCAAACGAUGCAGACGAAUGGUCUACGUUCCACAAAGGCUGUGCAAGAUGAACUCCAACUAGGAGACGCUUUGUAUAUGACGUCUAAUACCUUGACGGUCUCCGCGGACCGAGUCGGCUACCUUCUUGACCAAAUGCUCCGGGGGUACAAUGCCAAUUCUCCACCUUUUCAGGAAGUGCAGGCCUCUACAGGACUGCUCGAUCUAUCCAUUACGAAGUUUGACCCCUUUGAUGGGUACUUCGAUGUGGUUCUUUGGCGCAAAAUCACCUGGACGGAUCCACGGUUGUCAUGGAAUCCAUUUGUCUACGAAGGGGACGUUCAGAUAGAUGCCACUCAAAUUUGGACUCCCAAGUUGUUUUUCACCAACGAGUUUUCUAACACGAUCUUGCACGAGAAACCCAUCACAGUCACCAAUGAUGGGCGGUGUGUUCAGGAAACAAACAUGCAAGUAAGGUUCUUGUGCAGUACUACCAACAGCCUCAAUGCCUUCCCCUUUGACAACUAUGAUUGCUCGAUUGAUCUUGGGUCCCCAAGUAAUGUCUGGAUGGAUGCUAGUCAUGGCUUCCAUGUCGUCGAGACAGAUCCCCACUUUGAAACGUCCAAGUCUAUCAGCAACUCGAGUGGCGUGAUGGAGUCUGGGUCUAGUAUUUCGACCGCGUGUGGGGAGAGUGACUCUGAGCCUCCUACAGAGAGACGACGAUAUCUCGAACAAGGUCAAGGAAGCCAGCAGGAACGAUGUUGCGAAGAGAUUUUCUUCAACCUCCGACUUGAACGUAAACCCUUCACCGCCUGGGUGCGUCUCAUUAUUCCAGCCGUUUUAAUCAACUGGAUUGGAUUCAUGGCAUUCUGGAUUCCCGAGGUGCCUGAAUCUGUUGCGUUGGGUAUCACGUCCCUGCUCUGUUCUCUAGCCUUUAGGGAGACUGUCGAGAUGCCUGAUACCGCUGACGUUAGCUGGACAGAAGUUUUCAUGAUGGUCAAUAUAGGCUAUCAAGCUUCUGUCAUGUUCAUCAUCUGGUGCUCCUAUGGUGCUAGCCAGAUGGCAAUGAACCUCAACAAGGUUGCCCAGUAUGUCAAUCCCAAAACGGUAGUCAAGAAAUCAGUGAAGAAAGUGGCUGGCAAGAAAAAGAAAGAUGCCCUCGGCGAUGUCAGCGAGGAAGGGAGUGAAGAUGAUGGUGAAAUUUACGAAGGCGACGAGGGCGACCUUGAGGCGGGAGUUGAAAAGGCCCAUAAAGGUGACACGAAUGACAACGACAACCAGGAAGGGAAUGAAGGUGAUGGUGAAAUUUACGAAGGCGACGAGGUAGAACAGGGGGCGGGAGUUGAAUUGGCCCCUAAAGGUGACACCAACGAUAAAGGCAACCCCAGCCCAGAGGAAAAGAUGGAGGAGGAGAUUCGUCUCGAAUCAGAUGCCGAAAUUUUGGCAGACACGGGAGAACUCGGAUUCAGCGCGGAAACCCAAGAGAUUACCGGUACCAUUUCGACGAUUAGCCAAGAGAAAAACUCCCACGUUGAGGAAGACAUCACGACGAUACGCCAGCGGAAACCCGAUUCCGCUGCUACCGGUAGGACCAGCACUUUGUUCAAACUCGAAAACGCGAAGAUGAAUGAUGCCCCGGACAGGCGGGGAGUAGAAAAAUACUCCAGCACCUGGGAAAGCAAGAAAAUGGAUCACUUACAUGUACCUGACCGGAGGAGAUCAGUAGUACCUGAUGAUUCGGAUAGUUCAGAUGAUUCGGAUGGGAUGCCUGACAACUCUGGCUUGCUGUCGUGGGUAGGGCUGACUCGUCGGCGCAAUACCAAUGCUAGGAGGAUGAGGGACGACUCAUUGCACGAACGAUUCCAAGAGUUUGGCGAUGCUUUCAAAUCCAGCUUGGAGGCAUUGAUACCAGACUUGAAUCCUGAAGAGCCACCCAAUGUAGAUUGGAUAGGAAGGUGGGUUGUUGUACCGAGCUACAUUAUCAUCAUGGCAUCUCUACUUGCAACUGGAUGGGGCUUCUAUGAUGAUUGAGGGAGGAUACGGUGGGUACUGCCCUCAAAGUAGGGUGGGGCCUCCUUCAGCUUACACUUAUGCAUAAUUAAUGGAUCCUUCAUUCUGCUCUUGCAUCAGUGCAUUGAUCAUCUUUUGGUACA